AUGGUGGGGUGCGGCUCAAGGGAGGACGAGGAGGAGGUGUCUGCCGCCCAGGGCAUCGGGUUGCUGCCGCCGCUGGCGCCCUUGCAGCUCGAGCCGCCUUGCGGGCAGGCGGGGGAGGCGACCCAGGCGGCGUCCGCGUCGGGGCCGCCGCCUGUGUGGGCGCGGCACGCGCUCGGCGGCGGGGGCGAGGGCGGGGACGGCGGCGCGGUGCUGGGGAUGCCACCCCUUAUGCCGCCGCCCGCGCCGAUGCAGCAGCAGCAGCAGGAGCAGCAAGCCUCUCGAGGGCGCCCGCCGUCCCCGCCAGGCGGCGGCGGAAACUCGCACCCCGCGGCGGCGCCGCCGCAGCCCUGGUUUGCGGCGUUUGGCAGCGCAUGCUAUGGCGGCGCGGCCGCGUUUGGGGGCGCGGGGUCGGACCUGGACUCAUUCGUCCUGCAGCAGAUUGCGGCGACGCACCCUGGCGCGGCGGCGAUGCACGGUGGCGCCGGCGGUGGCUCGACCGCAGAGUGCUACGCCAGCUGGCCGGGCCCCAGCCACCCCCCUUCCUCGGACGCCGCCACGGCCGGCCCCCACCAGCCCCAGCGGCAGCAGCCCGCCUCCCAGCCGCCGCCAGGCUCGCCGCAGCCGGCGCGGCGGGUGCCCCAGCGGGCGCAGCAGCAGCAGCAGCAGCAGCAGCAGCCGCGCGGCGCCCUGCCCAUGUCGUGCGGCGACAUCCUGCGCGACUUCAGCUUCGGGCGACUCGGCCCCGGCGACGACCGGCCAGGCUCACCCCUCCUGAACGUCCUGCCGGGCUCUGUCAUCGGCCUGGCCGCCCUUGCAAGCUCCGGGGCCGGCCGGGGUGGUGGUGGUGGUGGUGGCGGCAGCAGCGGCGGGGAUGGCGGUGGGGGUGGGGACGAGCUGGAGUUGGAAGACCCGGACUCGCCGCCCGCGGCGCGACGGCCGGCCGCCGAACCCAGGGCUGCCAAGCGGUUGCGCACCAACGCCGGUCCCGGCGCGGCCGGCGCUAUGCAGCCGGCGGCAGCAAACGGCUCGGUCGGUCUCGGCAAGGGCGCCCCCUGGGCGCAGCAGCGGGCGGGCCCGCCCCCCGCCCCGCCGUACGGCGACCCCGCCCCCGCGCCCGCACAGCCGCAGCCGGCUCCCGGCGUGGGCCACGCAGCGGCCGCGGCGGCGGCGGGCGCGAACGAGGUCGUCGUCGGCGGCGGCGGCGGCGGCGGCGGCGGAGGCUUGGGGAGCCUUCCGGGGUCGUUCCUGCUUGGGAGCCUGGCCGGGUCCCUGGGGAACCUGCUGGGAAGCUUCCCCGGCUCCGCGCUCUCCCUGGGGGAGCUGAUCGGCAGGCACGACUCAUUUGAGGCGGCGGUGGCCAGAGGGGCCGCCGCCGCCGGCGGCGGCAGCGGCGGCGGCGGUGCAGCAGCGGCAGGCAGCGGCGCGGGUGUGUAA